AUGUCUCAAGUCGAAGCUCAGUUACAGGGCGUGAACAUUUCCGGAUCUAUCACAGAUUUGAAUAAAAAGAUUCUCAGUAAAGAUGCUGUUGCAUUCCUUGCUCUCCUUCACAGAUCCUUCAAUGGAACCAGGAAAGAAUUACUUCAACGCAGAGUCAUCCGACAAGCAGAAUUGGAUAAAGGUUCUCUACCAGAUUUCCUCCCCGAAACAAAACACAUCCGAGAGAAUGAUGCUUGGAGGGGAGCACCACCUGCGCCGGGAUUGAUUGAUCGUAGAGUGGAAAUCACUGGUCCUACUGAUAGGAAAAUGAUUGUUAAUGCUUUGAAUUCAAAUGUUUGGACAUACAUGGCCGAUCUCGAAGAUUCCAGUGCUCCAACGUGGGAUAAUAUGAUCAAUGGACAAGUCAAUCUAUACGAUGCCGUCCGAAGACAAGUCGAUUUCAAAAUAGGCGAGAAAGAAUACAAGCUCCGUACCGAUCGUACACUCCCCACACUCAUCGUCCGACCCAGAGGAUGGCAUCUCGAAGAGAAGCAUUUCACCGUCGACGGCGAGCCCAUCUCUGGUAGUCUCUUCGAUUUCGGAUUAUACUUUUUCCACAAUGCGAAAGAACUCAUCGCCAGUGGAUUCGGACCAUAUUUCUAUCUCCCCAAAUUGGAAUCGCAUCUCGAAGCUCGUUUAUGGAAUGAUGUAUUCAACCUCUCUCAAGACACCCUUGCCAUUCCCCGCGGAACCAUCCGAGGAACCGUUUUGAUCGAAACCAUUCUUGCCGCAUUUGAAAUGGACGAGAUUAUCUACGAACUCCGAGAUCACAGCUCGGGUCUCAAUUGUGGAAGAUGGGAUUACAUCUUUAGCGUCAUCAAGAAAUUCCGCAACAAUUCCAAUUUCGUCCUCCCCGAUCGAUCGGCCGUGACCAUGACCGUCCCUUUCAUGGACGCAUACGUGAAGCUCCUGAUCCAAACUUGUCAUCGAAGACAAGUACACGCCAUGGGAGGAAUGGCCGCUCAAAUCCCCAUCAAGGAUGAUAAAGCCGCGAAUGACAAGGCCAUGGAAGGUGUCUAUGCGGAUAAAAUCCGCGAAGCCAAAGCCGGUCAUGAUGGUACGUGGGUCGCGCAUCCCGCACUCGCAUCAAUCGCUUCCGAAGUAUUCAACAAACACAUGCCUACCCCCAAUCAAAUGUUCGUCCGUCGAGCCGAUGUGAAGAUUGGACAAAAUGACCUCCUGAAUAUGAAUGUCCCGGGUGCCGUUACCGAAGAGGGGAUUCGCAAGAAUCUCAAUAUCGGAUUGGGAUACAUGGAAGGCUGGCUCCGGGGCGUCGGCUGCGUCCCGAUUAAUUAUCUCAUGGAAGAUGCAGCGACGGCCGAAGUGAGUCGUUCCCAAUUAUGGCAGUGGGUUAAGCAUGGUGUGAGCACGGCCGAGGGAAAGAAAGUCGAUAAGGCGUAUGCGUUGCGAUUACUCAAGGAACAGGCGGAUCAGUUGGCAAGUAAGGGAGCAAAGGGUAAUAAGUAUCAGUUGGCCGCUCAAUAUUUCUCGAGUCAGGUUACUGGGGAGGAUUAUGCGGAUUUCUUGACUACUCUUCUAUAUAAUGAAAUCACCGCGGUGGGACAAUCAUCGCCUGCUUCUAAAUUGUAG